AUGCUCCUAAUAACAACUAACCUCAAUUCCACCGCUGCUCUGCUCCUAAUAACAACUAAACUCAAUUCCACCGCUGCUCUGCUCCUAAUAACAACUAAUCUCAAUUCCACCGCUGCUCUGCUCCUAAUAACAACUAACCUCAAUUCCACCGCUGCUCUGCUCCUAAUAACAACUAACCUCAAUUCCACCGCUGCUAUGCUCCUAAUAACAACUAACCUCAAUUCCACCGCUGCUCUGCUCCUAAUAACAACUAAACUCAAUUCUACCGCUGCUCUGCUCCUAAUAACAACUAACCCCAAUUCCACCGCUGCUAUGCUCCUAAUAACAACCAACCUCAAUUCCACCGCUGCUAUGCUCCUAACAACAACUAACCUCAAUUCCACCGCUGCUCUGCUCCUAAUAACAACUAAACUCAAUUCCACCGCUGCUCUGCUCCUAAUAACAACUAAUCUCAAUUCCACCGCUGCUAUGCUCCUAAUAACAACUAACCUCAAUUCCACCGCUGCUAUGCUCCUAAUAACAACUAACCUCAAUUCCACCGCUGCUCUGCUCCUAAUAACAACUAAUCUCAAUUCCACCGCUGCCUGCUCCUAA